AACCCGAGUGGGUUGACACCGGACGACUCUGCUCCUGUACCUAAUACUUGGCGCUACACCGGAGACAGUAAGAACAGCGCUGGUACACGGUACCCCCCCGAUGACGGAAGAGUUGCUCCGUCAGCCGGUUGGGGCUACUUCUUCUUCUUCCCCUCCUCUCCUUCUUCAUCUUCCUUUCUUCUCUAG